AUCGAUGGAAAGGGAGAUAUCACUCACUUUCAAAUACCCAUACCAUUAGACUCAGUCACCAUUCCAGUGGUAAAUGACUCAUAGACCACCUCCCUGUUCCCUAUUGCCUAUUCCCUCCUAAAUUGUUUAGAUAUCAUCUAUUCUGAAGGCAAUUAUGUCCAUUAAUAACAUGGCAUUCAUCUCAACAUCUCCCGGUGCUACUGAACAAAACGAUUUAAAUAAUAUAAAUUUUAUUAAUAAUGACUUAAACAAUAUGUCUAAUGAUAACUAUAAUAAUAAUAAUAAACCAAAACUUGCAGUAAAUGUACGAAAUGUUGUUUUCGGUUACAAUAAGACCAAUACUGUACUCAAGAGUAUCAAUCUUAAAGUGAGAGAAGGCAAUAUUUUUGCACUAUUGGGUGCUAAUGGCUGUGGAAAAACAACACUUUUAAAGUUAAUGUUGGGACGACUCCGACCUACAAGCGGUCGAGUAUUAGUAUUUGGCGCUAAACCCAACAGCAAGUAUUGCAACAUCCCUGGCCCCGGUGUAGGUUAUAUGCCACAGGAGAUUGCAUUGUUCCCCGAGUUUACCAUACGUGAGAUUCUAACAUAUUUUGCACUUUUGUAUCACAUGGACUCGGGUGAGGCCAAGGCUGAGAUUGAAAAACUAAUUGCAUUACUGAAUCUACCGGUAAGGGAACGAUUGAUCGGUCAAUUAAGUGGUGGUCAACAACGACUGGCCUCUAUUGCUGUCACAAUGAUUCAUAAACCAAAAGUGAUUAUUUUGGAUGAGCCUACUGUUGGUGUCGACUCAUUACUUAGGUGUCGUAUUUGGAAAUAUUUGGAAAAUAUAUGCUAUAAACAAGGCAAUACUGUAAUCAUAACAACACACUAUAUAGAGGAAGCCAAGUGUGCGGCCGAAGUGGGUUUCAUGAGCUCAGGUCAACUCCUCAGACAAGACAAUCCACAGAAACUGAUGCGUGAAUACCAGUGCUCGACACUCGAGGAAGUCUAUCUCAGAUUAUGUCAAAAGAAUAUUCAGCACCAGAAAGACAUGAGACAAUUGGAAGUGAUGGCAACGGAUGGACAAUCGUCGGACAUUUCGGAUAUUGAAAUGCGGACACUUACUAACCCGAUAACUGAUGAAGACAUCUCUGAGUUAGACGAAAUAUCGCACAGAAUUAGCGGUAGUUAUCGGAAAAAAUUUAUUGAUAUGAAACAUAUACAGGCAAUGGUGUGGAAAUCAUUUAUGCGAACCAAACGAAAUCCAUUCUUAAUGAUAUUCUUCCACAUAUUACCAUUGAUUGUCCUAACAAUACUCAGUGUGUCGAUAGGCAUACCACCGAUCAAUAUACCGGUUGCCGUAUAUAACGGUGAACCAGUGGCCAAACUGUCUCAACGUUACUUAGAUACUAUUGAUAGCAAACAUAUUCAAUUAGUUUACUAUCCGAGCAAUGAGUCGGCUUAUGAAUCAGUGGUGAGGGGUAUUAAUCGGAUGUCAAUUGUGUUUUCCAGUAAUUUUACCGAUAGUUUUGARACACGCCUACUCUAUCCGACAGAGUUGGACGACAAUGAACUGGAGACCACAAAAAUCAAAGUUUAUGCCGACUUUUCCGACACAGUUGUCGGCAAUUAUAUAUGGAAUUAUAUGUUAGAAACUUUUCAUAAGUUUCUCAAGUCGUUUAGUCAAACUCUGGGCUAUAAUCCCCUAGCAUUUGCCCUACCGAUGCAAUUAGUGGAACCUCCUAUCUAUGGUCAAAAUGAUCACUCCUUCAACUCUUAUGUAUUGCCGGGUAUGAUGUUGGCCUUCCAUCACGGAUUGCCUAUGAUUUURGCUGCUUUUCUCAUCAUUUACGAGCGCAAGAACGCACAUAUGGACAGGGCUUUUGUGGCCGGCAUUAAACCCAUUGAGGUAUUGAUUGCACAUAUAAUACAUAACUCUGUGGCCGUCUUUACCCAAGUGUUACUAUCACUCAUCAUCUCGUUUGUSGUCUUCAACAACACUAUUGUUGGCAAUUAUGUCGACGCCUAUAUCAUGUUUGUCGCUCAGGGACUACAGGGUAUGACAAUUGGAUUGACCAUUGCUCUGAUUUUAGCUGAUGAAGUAUCUGCUAUGGUUAGUUUGACCGGACUAAUGCUCCCCAUUUGGAUAAUGUCGGGCGUGUUUUGGCCUCUUGAAGCCAUACCGGCCUAUUUCCGAGUGCUGGCCAACUGGACACCACUGGCGCAGCCAAUUGAAUCGUUGCGAUCUAUUAUGCUGAGAGGUUGGCCACUCAGCAACCCAUAUGUUUUACUGGGACUUAUAGUUAGCGUUUCAUAUACUCUAAUAUUAAACUUAGUAAAUAUUUUAGUGUUUUACAAAUUUUCAGCAAUUACACUUGAAUCGUUAUUUCAUAAAAAAUAG